UCGUAUGUUAUCAAGACUGGGGACUUUUGCACUUGUAACGUUACAUAUGUCUGGGGGUUUCCAUUAGUUUUGGCGGCCUUUUUGCCGCCAAAACGUCCUCUAAAUGGCGGGCAAUCCUCGCCAGGAUCUGUACCUGGAGAUUUCUCGAAACCUGUUACAGGAAGAACUUAGAGAUCUCCGUAACUAUGUCAGCGGUGCGAAGAUUUUACCUGCAGGUGUCGUCCAAAACGCCACCGCUCAAGAGAUCUUCAACCAACUUGAAAAAGAAUGGAAUUUGAAGUCGGGAGAUCUUUCGCUUAUGGCAGACCUCCUGACAAAAAUUGGAAGAAAUGACUAUGCUGAGCAGGCGGAGGAGAUUGCUGAAAACGAGAGGAAUUUGCAAGGAGAACUGACCCCACGGCAUGAACCCACCCAGAGGUUAGUGAGGAGAUCUGGUGGUUCCUGGCACAGGAAGAGAAGGUCUGAGAACUACGAGCAAGGAUACGCUCCGGCAACAGCAAGCGGUAGACGGAGAGCACCCUUUGGACACAGCAGACAAAAUGUGAAUAGAGAGGAUGACUUUGCGCCAGCGAGGAAGAGGCCUCGACAAGAUCCAAAUAAGCCACGACAAGAUCCAUUUGUGCUACAGAUGAAACAAAGUAUUGUCAAGAGAUGUCAGGGGUGCAAACAGGAGUUUGGAGAACUCAGUUACCCAGCUAACGUAGUCAUUCAACACCGUAACAACUACCCCUAUUUUGACAAGUGGGAGUGGUCAGUUGUCGACAGCUGGAGGAAUGGGUACUUCCAUGCAAAUGUGGCUUGUAUCAAACCACGUUACUCGGACUUUGACCCCCAUGAGGUAAUGGUACCACCAUCUACAUUAGAGAACCUGACAGACGACCAUGUAGAGUACUGCAAAGAACAUGGCAUACUGUUGUCCGUGCCGUGGGAAACCUAAAUUGUUGAUGGUGGCCCCAUUCCUUCGUUGGGAUUUGCGAUCUGAGUAUCUUGGUUUUGACAAUAUUUCCAUGGCUGCAUUUUUUGUCAACUGGGUACGUAUUGUUUCUAUCUGUAACACAAACAAAAGUUAUUACAAUGUAGGAGGCAAAAAGCUUUACAGAAUUCUUGCUGUCAUUUUUGUUGCCAAAUAGCUAUCAGGUAAAUUUGCUCAUGGAGUGGUGGUGUUCAGUCAUACUCACGUACAGACGACUUGGGGAUCUACUUUUAUGUACAAUUGUCAGUUCUAUGUAACAAUGGAGAAAAAACUUUCCGGACACUUUGUAUCUGAAGAAGAACUUUGGCAAAUAUAUAAAUUUAGAAAGCGUUACAUUCCAAACAUACCACAGACAAAAAGCUUUUGGAUGUGUUUAAAAUCAAUACCUUAAUAUAUUGAUGAAAUUUUAUUUGUAAGUUGAUGCCGGGAGGCUAAUAAUUGCAAGUAAAGUAUAUGGUAUAAAAAUAGGGAGCAUACAUGUGACAAUAAAUAGUGAUAAAUUGUAAAAAGAGACUACUCGAAUACUAGUGUUGGCUAUUUCUAAACAGGUUGGGUAAUAUAUAGCACACAAUGCACAAAUAUUUAGAUUAAAAUGUAGAAGAAAAUGUUGUGUCCCGACCGACCCUAGCCAAAAACUGCUGACCCUAGGCUUUUUGGUCGGCCUCUGGCAAAAAGGCAUAACAUUUUCCAUCUGACGUUUUGGUGACGAAAUUUGAAACAGACUUCCUGAACUUUGCACUCUGUUGACUGUUGCUAUGAACAAUUGAAGUAAGUCUGUGUACUAAACAUUUUUGUUCCGUUCUGAUAAUACAAUUCACGGUGUUUGUAUAAGGUACGAAUGCAUGCAUACUUUACAACAUGAGUACGAGUGCCUGAAGCAUUUCAGUUUUACAUUGCUGAACUGUUACUUUUUUUCCACGUCGGCUGACAUUUGAAAAUAAUAAAACUGAGAGAGAAUCCUGCCUAAUCCAUGUUUACGCAUCUAUCAUACAAUAAAGUAUAUUUUCAUCUUCGAACCUGAAUCGUUUAUUUGUUGUGAUGGGGGCGAAAAGUUCUGACAUAGUUGAAUACAUCACGUUUUAACAUUUCUAGAUAUAUUGUUUUAUUCGCGUUCUUUUACACGUUUGGUGGGGAAGAUUUUGACCUUAUCAUGU